GGCUCAGUCCUUCGCCUUCGUUGAGAUAAAAAGGGAAAACAAAAAUAAAAACAAAAACCCUACCUGCAACUUCCCAUUGAUCUCUGUUCUUCUCCAAUGGAGUUUUGGGGUGCUGAGGUUAAAGCUGGAGAACCUCUCUUGGUGAGUCCUGGAGAGGAGAAUAUAUUGCAUUUGUCGCAGGCAUGCCUUGGAGAGUCCAAGAGCAAAGGAAGUGAACAGGUUUUUCUGUAUGUCAAGGUCGGCAAUCAAAAGCUUGUUCUGGGGACAUUAUCCUCAGAGAAAUUCCCACAAGUUUCUUUUGAUCUGGUGUUUGACAAAGACUUUGAGCUAUCUCAUAAUUGGAAAAAUGGAAGCGUUCACUUUACGGGAUAUUUAUCCCUCCUUCCAGAAGAGGAGGAAUCUUAUACUGAUUCUGAAGAGGAUCUUCCACAAGCUGUCAUUGACAAUGGAAAACCAGAGCCACAGCCACAACCACAGCCUAAGAAAGAUGAAAAGCCUGGUACUUCUGGAACGAAGAAAAAAGUGCAGAUUGUAGAACCAAACAAAGGUGGCUCUAUUGACACUAAGAAGAAUGCAGACAGUUCUGAUGAAGAUGAUGAUGAGGAUGAAGACAGCUCGGAUGACGAGAAUGCAAAUGGAGGUGAAGAAGAUGACAGUGAUGAUGAAAAUGAAUUUUCUGGGGACGACAGUGAUGAUGACGAUGAAAAUGAAGACUUGGAUGACAGUAUGGAAGAGGAUGAGCAGACACCAAAAAAGGCCGAAGCAAGCAAGAAGAGGCCUUUAGAGGCUGCUAAUAAAGCGCCUGCUCCUGAUAAGAAGACAAAACUCGUCACUCCCCAGAAAACUGAUGGCAAGAAAGGCGUUCCUCAUGUAGCUACUCCUCAUCCUUCAAAACAGGCUGGGAAAAUGCCUGCUGCUAGUGACCAAAAUAAACAGCAGACUCCCAAAUCAGCUAGUGGUGCAUUCCCCUGCAAAUCUUGCAAGAGGGCAUUUGGCUCAGAAACUGCGUUACAAUCCCACACAAAGGCUAAGCACAGUGCUGAGAAGUGACCAGGUUAAUGUUUCAGGAAGAACGUGUUGGAUUUGCUCAACCUGGCCAGUACGUUAGAUCCGAACCACGAUACUGGCUGGUUUUGAAUUUUCUACCCCUCAACCCUUUCGAGGUUCAUCUUCUAAAUGUUCUGAUGUGAUUUCAAAUGUUAUUAUUAUCAUAAGCUUUAAUGUAUGGACACUGGUUUUCCUGGUGAUGGUUCGUUUUAGAUAUCGCAUAUGCUAGUCUUGACUUAUGCUGUAGGUCUUUUUAGAUUCAGUAAUAUAUUGUUUAAUGUUACUUUAGC